UGUAGGACGGACCAGAAGUUAGUCCUCCAAGGCGGAGGUUCCGUUCGGCCUCAGCGGCGAUGAUGAGUUUCGAGUGGCCCUGGCAGUACAGUUUCCCGCCAUUCUUUACGUUGCAGCCCAAUGUGGAUACAAGGCAAAAACAGCUGACAGCAUGGUGUUCCUUAGUGCUCUCAUAUUGCCGCCUCAACAAGCUCUAUACUAUGACUGUUCCAGAGGCUCAAGAGAGUCCACUGUUCAACAAUUGGAAAUUGCAGCGAAAACUCUCACUGGAAUCCAUCCUUGUUGUGUUAGAGGAGCUCAGGAAAAAAGGGAAUCUUGAAUGGCUUGACAAGAACAAGUCUAGCUUUCUUAUCCUGUGGCGAUGUCCGGAGGAAUGGGGCAAGCUAAUUUACCAAUGGGUUUUGAAGAAUGGAUUGACAAACUCGGUUUUCACACUCUAUGAGUUAUCCAAUGGCGAGGAUACAGAGGAAGAAGAAUUCCAUGGUUUGGAAGAAUUAGUACUCCUCCGAGCUCUGCAGGCUUUACAACAGGAGCAUAAGGCUGAAAUAUUCACUCUGAAUGAUGGGCGGGGCGUCAAAUUCUUCUAAUGCAGAUUCUGCUUUGGCUUCCUAGUAUGACUGUACAAAGGUGUUCUGGGUUAAGGAGUUUCUCUCUGUUCUGAUUUCCUUGCGUUGAAGGCUGAAGCCGCAAAUUGUAUCUUGAUGGCUCAGCGUUUGACUCCAUUUUCUUCUCUCUGCAGCUUCUGCCUCUUAUUGCGCUCUGACGAUUUGAUAGAUUUAUGGAGGAAUCAGAAUGUUCUUUGUGUUCAUAUGACACAAAGUAAUUAUUGGCUCUUGAGUUUCGCCUUCCAAAUUGAAGCAGACAAUAAACCCUACUGCUUGCAGCAAUGAUUUGGGGAUAAUUUGGGGGAUCAAAAAUGCAGUACUCUCUUCAGUUAGGCAGAAACCCACAUAGACUGUGCUAUUCACAGCAGAAUGGGGUGUUAAAGGCUUUGGACAAAUUAUACUGUGUUUACAGAAAAGUCCUCUGUGUUGGCUUAUUUCUAUGUGUGCUUUUCUCACACCAAGGGGACCUCCAAUUCUUCUCUUCCGCCCCCACCCCCAUAUUAUUGUUAGCUUCAUGUCAGGGCUAAGUGGAGGUUGGCUGCCUGCUCGUGGAGUUUAGCAAUGUUGUUUUUCCAGAAGCAAAAAGUUGAGUGAACUAUAUUUCUUCAUUUUUGAUAUUUAUGAAAAAGAGAAGGCAAUCCAUUAUUCAGAAGUAACUCUGUAUUCAGUCUGGUUUCAUCUUUCCACACUGAGCAUCCUGUCUAGAAGAUGGGCAUUUCCCCUAGAUUUUUUAGCAUCAAUGUCCUGCAAGUUCAUUAUGAAAUGAAAUCUUUCAUUUGAAUUGCAUUUAUAAAAUUAAAAAAGCCAGGAAAAUUAUAUUGAAAAACUAUUUCUUCUGCUAAGUCAAAUGGGGGGAAAAUUGUGUUCUGCAGAUAUUUUUGUGCAACUCUUAGGAUCACUUUCUUUGCAAUGGCUGCAAUUUUUAGGAAUGUAUUUGAUGUGUUGCUUAGAUCAGGGUAUGAUACAAAGGAUCAAUAGGAUUGCGAAAUUAACUUAUUUUCAUGAGUUGUUUUAGAUAUGCUCAAAACUGAAUCAGUUAUAUUUUCUCUAGGCUACCUAUGGAUAACAGCAUUAAGUAGCCAUUAGGAAAAUAAUUAACUGACAGACUAUAGUAAAGGUGGUAUUUGAUAAACCCUGGAUUUGUCAAAAGAUUAUUAUUUGAAUUUCAUGGAUCUUUCCUUGGUUUAAAAGGUUGUCCAGUUGACAGAACAUCUCACCAAAUGGGGAAUAAUAUUGAUAAUUAGUCCAUUAGAGAAUUAGUUAAUCAAGCAUGACUUUCCAGUAAGGAAUUCAGAGCUCAUGCAGAUGGAAAGAGAUGAAUUCACAAAGCAAGGUCUUGGUCAUUACCUUUAAAGCCCUACAUGGCAUGGGUCCAGGGUAUCUGAGGAGCCGUCUUUCCCUGAUGGGACAAGCCUGCUCCACUUGUGGGAGCGGAGGAGGCCUGCUACAGAUCACAUCUGCUAACAUUGAAGCAGGCAGGAUCAAGGAGAAGAGCUUUUCCUGUUGUGGUCCCAUCCUUGUGGAACAUUCUUCCAUCAGAGGGGAGAACUUCCUCUUCCCUUUUGGCCUUCCGGAAGGAUAUGAAAACUUGGCUUUUGCCAGCUGGGCCUGGGGGAGGGGGCAGUCACUGUUGGAAGUGGCUGAGGAGUAAGAAGAUCUCAUUUCUGUCCCAUUUGGCUCUUAAUAAUAUUUUUAUGCUGAUUCAUUUUAAUCUUUUAAUGAUUUUUCACCUGUUGGAUAAUUUGUAAGCCGCCCAGAGUCACCUUGUAGGGGAGAUGGACGGCAUAGAAAUUUUAAUAAAUAAAUAAUGGUAAAUUACAGUGUAUAUUGUCACAUAGAUUGUGUUCAAAUUACAUUUUGGUCUUAGAAGAAUGUAGAUUGCUUAAAUCUAAAAGCAACGCAAGUAUGGAAAAGUUUACUUGAUCAGAUUUUCCAUUGCAAGCUCAAAAUUUAAUUGUGAUAGAGACAUGGAAUAGAUUUCAAUCGGCAUGGGGUGACUAUGUUCAGUUUGCCUCUUUUUCUUCAGCAACAGAAAGUUUCUCAGCCAACAGCCUUUUGAACCUUGGCCCUUAGCUGCCAUAUUGUCCUUAGAUAACAUCCAUGAAUGAGAAAGAGAAUUAUAAAUAUAGGUCUCUUAUUUACCUUAGAUGCUUGCCUUCUAUUCAUAUCACAAAGGAUUCACCCUUCUGGCAAAUAUUUAAUUAGGUCUGUGACUAUGGAGCUUUAGUCUGUCUAUCCACAAAAGCUUUGAAAGAGGGCAAAAAGAGAAAAUUGUAGCAAGAACAUUGCUACUUAGAGAAGAGUAACUGGUUUUCAUAGCUCAAGAGAGUUAUCCUGGCUAUUGGGUAUAUUGUUGUCCCAGCUCUGCCACAUUAUUUCAGACCUCUUCCUUCAAACAUACAUUUCAGUCAAUACUAUAUGGUAGAGUUCCGACUCAUCACAUACAGAUAUUUUCUCUUAUUUGUUGAGAACAUAAAUGAGAAGACGCUUUUAACAAGAGCUUUCCUAAAUCUUUGCAUGGCUAUUGAAAAUAAGAAAUAUGCAAGGACAGGCUGCUCUCUGGACCCACUGAAUGUUGAGAAAAAUACCCAUAGAUUAUUACAGUGUUUCCCAAACUUGGCUAUUUUAAGAUGCAUGGACUUCAAUUCCUAGAAUUCCCCAACCAGUAUGCCUGGUUGAGGAAUUCUGGGAGUUGAAGUCCAUACAUCUUCAAAGGGUCAAGUUUGGGAAACAUUGGAUUAUUAGAACUAGAAUAAUCUAAUAAUUCUUUACUUUCAAAACAAGUUUCUAGGGUAUUUUUUUUUUUUACUUUAAACUAGAAUAUGAUGUUAGAGCACGUAGCCUAUUUUUCAUGAAAAACUGUAGUACUAUAUUAUGACAAUAUUAAUAAUAAUUUGAAUACUGACAUCCUUAGAUCUUAAAAAUAAAGCUUUCCUAAUUUCAGCCAUUUUGAUGUUUUUGAGAGGAGUUUUUAAAAAGGGAAAUUAAUCUUGCAUCUUUUAUUUAUUAAUUACCUUGUGAAUUUGAAAAAUGUGUUUUAAUCAGAUAAACAGACUUCUAGCGGCAAGGAUUCGCCAAAGAAGGGUCAGACACAUGAAAGUUUGCUGCAGCAUUGAAUUCCAAGGACUGCCCCUUUUAGUGAAUGUGUUGCAACAACACACACAACUGAAAGGGGCAGGGCAUGCCUAAAGCAGCAGCAGGAUUCAAAAGUAUCCUUCUAAAAGCAUCAUAAAUCCCAUGCAGAGAUGAAAGAACUUCAGGUACCUGAUAUAUCACUCUACUUUGAAAACUCUUGCUUAUUAAAAAAAGGGGGGGGGAAAUAAAACACGCAUAUAUAGCAGAUAACUUUUUAUUUGUUUUUUAUAAAUCUCUAGAAACUACAAAAAUACCUCAGGGAAUAUAUAAGAUGAUGAUAGUAGUUCUAAUAAAAUUAAUAAAUGAAGUAUUAUGGUAUUAUAUUAAUCCUUUGGAUGAUUACUCUGGCCUGUAGGAGGACUGUGACUUUCUGUAAAAAUGUGUUCAAAUCAGUUUUGCAUCCUUUCAAGAAAUGUAUUUGCAUGGAACACAGAGACAAAUCCUCAUGCAAUUCUUUCUAGCAUUGUGAUGUUCUAAGCUUUUGAAUGAAUUUAUGCAUCUUACCCAUUUAUCCAUUCGCUUAUUUACUGAACACACCAAGUAUAAUUUAACCAGGACAGGCAUACUUGGGUUGCAAAAUUGUAUUACUGUACCAUUAAAUGGAAAUAAACACUGAGUAGUUUUUA